GGGCGGGGGGCGAGGCGGACGGAGGGCGGGAGGAGGAGCCGCCGCCCCCGCGGGGCUUCGGCGCGGCCGUGGAGCGGAGCAGGGACCUGCUGCGGAGGGUCAAGGAUGAAGCAGGAAUCCCAGGUAUAAUAGUUGGAGUUUCUGUGGAUGGAAAGGAAGUCUGGUCAGAAGGUCUGGGCUAUGCUGACGUGGAGAACCGUGUCCUGUGUAAGCCAGAGACCAUCAUGAGAAUAGCCAGCAUUAGCAAGUGUCUCACAAUGAUGGCUGUGGCUAAACUGUGGGAAGAGGGGAAAUUGGAUUUAGAUGCUCCAGUGCAGAAAUAUGUCCCUGAAUUUCCAGAAAAAGUCUACGAGGGUGAAAAGGUCACUAUUACCACAAGACUGUUGGUUUCACACUUGAGUGGGAUUCGUCACUAUGAAAAAGAUAUUGCAAAAGUAAAAGAAGAAAAGGAAAAGGCAAACAGAGCACUGAAGCCAACAAAACCACAUCAGGAUAAAGAACAAAGAGAAGGCAAAGGGAUUGAAAAAACUGAUUCUGCCAAACCAAGGAAAGAACACGACGGUGAGACGAAAGGCCGGAACUCAAAACCUGGCAGGAGGGAUAAGGAGUUUGAGCAGGAAGAGUAUUAUUUGAAGGAAAAAUUUGAAAGUGUGAUUGAAUCACUGAAGAUAUUUAAAAAUGAUCCUUUAUUCUUUAAACCAGGCAGUCAGUUCUUGUACUCCACAUAUGGCUUUACUCUCUUAAGUGCUGUUGUGGAGAGAGCUUCAGGACAAAAAUUUACAGACUAUAUGCUGAAAAUGUUUCGUGAUCUGGAUAUGCUGUCCACUGUACUGGAUGACAAUGAAGCAAUGAUAUAUAACAGAGCAAGGUGUUAUGUUUACAACAAAAAGGGGCGGCUGGUCAACGCACCCUACGUGGACAACUCCUACAAGUGGGCUGGUGGUGGCUUUCUGUCCUCAGUGGGGGACCUCCUGAAGUUUGGAAAUGCCUUGUUGUACAGUUACCAAGCUGGACAGUUUAAAAGCAGCGCUGGCAAACUUCUGCCCGGGUACCUCAAGCCGGGCACAGUGUCCAUGAUGUGGACCCCGGUGCCAAAAACGGAGGUGUCGUGGGACAGGGAUGGCAAAUACGCCAUGGCUUGGGCUGUGGUGGAGAAGCAGCAGCAGUGUGGCUGCUGCAGGCAGCAGAGACACUAUGCAUCCCACACAGGGGGGGCAGUGGGGGCAAGCAGUGUCCUCCUCAUCCUGCCUGAGGAGCUGGGCCCUGGGGCCGGGGGUGCCCCACCCAGAGGAGUGAUUGUCACCAUUGUCUGUAACAUGCAGUCGGUGUCACUCAACAGCACUGCCUUAAAGAUUGCCAGGGAAUUCGACAAGGAAAAAGGGGCACAGUGCACAGACUGAAAACCUGGGGAGUGUGUAACAAACUCACUGUACUGAAACAGGAACAAUAAAGGGAGAAGGUGUAAUUGGGCUCCGAGAUCACUGAGAAUAUGGGAAGAAGAAGCAUCAAAAAUUCACUUAAUUAACCUCUGCUAAUGGUGCUAAGCUUACAUGUAACUGGAAUUCAUCUCUCAGGGACGUUCCUAACUUACAGAAAAGGAGAAUGUAACAGUCAAGUUUGACUUCCUCUAGUACAUGUGUAAGUAUCAUUAUAUUAGCAGGUUAUUUUUAUCAACUAGUGAAACACUUGACCAAGAUUUAAAAAAAACUAGCAUUGUUUUUUGCACUAAGUAGUACAAAAACUUAUCUGCCUUUUGAAAAACUUCACACCUUGCUUUGAGCACACAAAGAUGUUAUUUGUUAUUCUCACAGUUCCAGUCUGCCAAAACUGUUCAGUAUUACUUUUUAAAGAAAAAGAGUUUCACUGUUGAUUUUUGUUUUCCCAUAGCACGUUUCUUAUUUGCUUAAAAAAACCCAACAAAACCCAAACCUUGAUGCUACCUCCAGAAUGCAGAUUUAUACCAGAAGCAGGCUUUUGUCAGAGCUGUGGAUUGUUAAGAAUUAGGAAAGAGUGAAGCUAGAGCAAUGUAAGUACAAAUCCUUUUGUUUUUCAGAUGUUCUGUCAUCCAUUUUUAUUGGACACAGAGACUGUGUGAAAAUAGUUUACUGUGCAAUAAGGGGAUUAUUUCUACAGUCAAAUACACCCACAUGGCACAACAUGGUGAGCUGCCAAACUGUCCCUUUGUUUUUGAAUGAUGCACAUGCUAACUUGGUAGCCAGAAAUGGCACAGUAUUCUGUAAUGUAAAUAUUCGUUUACACACAGGAAUUAGGAACUCAAUAAAAUGUAAAGCCUAUUCUUGAAGCCAGUAGUAGAAGUCUCACAGACUUUUGAGAGGUUUUUUUGAAAACCAUCCUUUGCUCCAUUUGGAGGUCUCUGCCUCAAGGAGUUACUUUGGCCCAAGGCUGAAAAAGAAAUUGUGAUGUGUUCCAAAGAAGCAGUUUUAUAGAAUCACAGGAUCAGUAAGGUUGGAAAAGACCUCCAGUGUCAUCGAGUCCAACCUGUGGCUGAGCACCACCCUGGCAACUGGAUCAGAGCCUCUGUGCCUCAUCCAGUUCAUUCUUUGGGCACCUCCAGGGAUGGGGACUCCACCACCUCCCUGGGCAGCCCCUUCCCAGGCCUGACCACCUUUUCAGUGAAGAAAUUCUUCCUGAUGUCCAACCUGACCCUCCCCUGCUGUAGCUUGAAGCCAUUUCCUCUUGUUCUAUUGCUGGUUCACUGGGGGCAGAGACCAACCCCCAGCUGGCUCCCCCCUCCUGUCAGGGAGUUGUAGAGAGUGAGAAGGUCUCUCCUGAGCCUCCUCCUCUCCAGGCUCAGCUUCCCCAGCUCCCUCAGCUGCUCCUCAAUGUCUUUGUUGAACUGAGGGGCCCAGAACUGGACACAGCACUUGAGAUGUGAGAUUCUCUAAUCUUUAAUUUUACUAUGAGAAUACAGUAACGUAAGAUCUCCAAAAUUUUGUCUCAUAAAUUAACCCCCAGCUCACUUCCCCUGCAGUUACAUGAGACAGUAUUUCCAGGCUGAGACAAAAUAAAGUAUCUUGUCACAAAAUAUCUUCCAGUACUUACUUUCCUGCACUCUUUUGCAGCUCUGCUUCUCUGAAUUUAGGGAACAAGAUGUCUUGGAUAACAGCUAGCAGAAAAUAGCUCUACCUGCCUCUUUCCCAAGUUAGUGCUUUCAGUAUUGAUUUCAUAGUUGUUACCUGCCCUGUGAUGAACAUUCUGCUGCCACCUCUGUUCCCAGGGUGCUUGUGGUAACAUUUAUCACCCAAAACUGACAAACCAAGAAAUUUAAUAUUUUGAGGGGUCAGUGUUUUACCUACAUUUUUAAUUGAAGCUAGUAGGACUGUUUUAGUUUACUCUUCAUAAUUUAAUCAUUCUUGUGCCUUAAAACAGUCAAAGCUUAUACCUAAACCAUUUGUUUGGGGUUUCUGGCCCACUCACCAAAACUUCACUUUUUUAUUCAUUAAUUAUGUCAUUAAUAAUUGUCUUUAUCUCAAGAAUAUCCAGUCAGUAAAGAAACAGAGAGAACUCUUCUGAAUGAGCUUUCAUUGGCCAGGCAAUAAAUUAUCUCCCCUUCCACUGAAGUCUGGGUGUUGUCUGACAGUUCCAGUACAGAAGGACUGGAGGUGAGCAUCUUCUACAAACAGCAGCUUUUUUUUCCUCCCCACUCUUGAGCACCUACUGCCUGGUAAACCUGCAGCAGCAGAAGCCAUUGCUUGUUUUACACAGGGCAUGAGAAUAAAAAGCUCUGAGUUACUCGUUUUCCUGUUCAAGAACAUGAAUAGAAAUAGACCAAACAAAAUGUUUGGAAUAUAGAAAAUCUGAAAAGUAGCACUUGUUUUAGGAUUCAUAACAUAUUUGGCUUGUAUGAGGUACCUGUUUGCAAAUGGUACUUAUUUUUGAAAAGAAUUUUGCACACUUGGGAGAAAACAAGUUUCACUCUCUGGCUGUUGUGUGUGGGUUUAGACAAAGAUUCAGAAUGUGGAAGGUGUAGGUUUAUCCUUGUCUGCAUGUGAUGAAACACUAAUAAAUGUAAAUAUCUGAUGUAUGAAAAUGAAUAAUGGUAAGAACUAAGGCAUUUCUACCACCAGGAGAUCACUGAUAGUGUCUCACUCCCCAUAUAGAAUGUUCAGCCACCAGUUUUUUAUAUGCAUACCAUGUUGUUUGUACUGUACCUCCUGUAACUUAAGGCUUUUAAAAAGCCUCUGUUGUCACAUGGACAGUGCUGGAGAUGCCAUGAUGUCUGUAUUUCAUCUUCCAGUGCCUAGAACAAAACAGGUCACUGACAUUCUCUGCUGUGGUGUUUACUAAAUGAUGAGUUCUUCCCUUUUGGGGCAGAGGAAGAGAAGGCAGAGAUGUGGGACAUUAGGAAUCAGUCUGGCCUUAGCAUCUGUAUUCAGGUCACAACUGAACUAAUAGUGCUGCUUUGAUCUUUGUUCUGAAACCAGUUAUUGGAUGGACUGGCUUUACAUGUGGCAAACUGGUCAAUUAAGAGCAGUUUUCAUGAUAGACUUACUCAUGUUUUAACCUUUAUUGUGAAAACAUGGUAUGGCACUGACACAAAACUGUACUUUCCUUAGAAGACAUGUAUAUGCCAUUGGUAUAUCUGUUUCUGUAGCAAACACCUACUUUUUGAAUCUGGUAAUUACAAGUGUUCACUGCUUGAAAUAACAGAAAUAAAACUUACCUUGCAAAUGCAA